AUGACUACUCCUCCUCGAGCGUUCAUCCCUCUUGCCAUCUCGACGGACGCGCUCAAUGCCGCGUUUGGUCGGCACUUCGUGCCUGAUGACGGACCUGCUGCUGAGGUCUUGGCUCGCAAACGCGCCGCCACCUAUCAGCGCCUCACCAUGCAGCUGACGCUGGAAGCGCUCUUGUCUGACUUUGUCGAGUCGCCCGAGGAGUCUUCGCCGGAGGUCUCCGACUCCGAUGGGGGACACCCUUCGAGUGGCCCCGACGAUCGGCGCGGAGCUGGCGAGGCGUCUCCGUCCCUCACUGUGACGUCGGGUGCCUCCGGAGAGCUCGACACCACUGGGGUGCUUGCUGCUGGUCCGAGCUCGCCUGCUUCCUCCCCGGCAUCGGUCGGGUCACGCCGGUCCUUGGGCAUUGCCGCGGCGUCGCCGCCGUCACGGGCGGCUACCACUGACUCGGCUACCGCUGACUCGGAGGCUAGCGAGGAGGACUACCUCGAGCGGUACCGUGUUCCUGUGUCCAGCCUCCCUCCGUCCGCUGCCCCAGGCGGGCACCCGGGCAACGCCGGCUCCUUGUCGGCGGCUGCCCUUUCUCCGUCCGCGGCCGCCCGCUUUGUGGCGGCAGCGGACGUCUCGACUGACAGUGGUCAGUCGGCUGCCUCCGGGUAUCGCGUCUUGCCUACAGGAUUUACUGGCGUCUAA